AGAUUCUUCUGCGCAUGUUUCUCGUUAAUCGUGAAGCUCUAACUUCAAUCAGAUUGUGAUCAUUUGAUUUUGGUUGAUCAUGAUUUGAAUGAUUUGGAUGCAUACAAAUUUAUUGUUACGCACAAUUAUUAUAAAAAGUUUUAUCAGGUAAUUGCUUAUGUAUUACAGUGUUCUGUAACAUAUAUUUUUUUGUGGCCUUACCUUCUGUUACAGAAGAGAUUAUCAACAAAAAAAAGUUUCUUCUAAAUCAACAUGUGGGAAGGAGAAUUAUCUACUGUUAUUCUACCCACAGUAUCAACCAUGAUAUUUUUCAUGCUAACUGUAAAUCUCUUUAGAUACCUUGUAGGAGAUCCGCAUAUCCAUAUACGGGAUGUAACUAAAGAGCAUAAUUGGAAAACCAUUAAAAGGAUAUCGAAGGCAUAUUACUGCAGCAUUUGUGAGGCGUUUCUGUUAAAUGUGGAUGGAUUGAAAUGCGAUUCAUGUGGUGUCUGUGCUGAUCGCGAUUGUGUCAGAAUUGCUGAUAAAGAAUUAAAAUGUAAGAGAAUUACAUUGCCUAAUGAUCAACCAAUGAAGCACCAUUGGGUGAGAGGAAAUUUACCUAUUAUAGCAAUGUGUGAUGUUUGUGAUGAAGAAUGUGAUCUAGAACCAGGUCUUACAGAUUGGUGUUGUUGCUGGUGUCAACGAUGCGUUCAUGACGCAUGUAAAGCCAAUCUGUCAGAUAUUUGUGACUUUGGCACUUUUAAAUCAAUGAUCAUACCACCUGGAAGUCUUGAAGUGAUUAAUACACGUAGCACAAUGCGGCGACGAUUACAGCUUCGCAGGAUAAUACCACCACCCUGGGCUAAUUGGAGUCCUCUUAUAGUAGUUGGGAAUAGAAAAUCAGGCAACAAUGAUGGAGCAGAUAUAUUAUCACUAUUCAGAAGAUUAUUAAAUCCAGCACAAGUGGUGGAUCUUGCUGAACGUGAUCCUGUAGCCGCUUUAGAGUGGUGUCGAUUACUUGGAGAUAUUCCUUGUAGGAUACUUGUUGCUGGCGGUGACGGUACCGUCGCGUGGCUCCUCAAUACUAUUCACAAGCUGCAGUUACAGCCCGUACCAUCCGUAGGAAUAUUACCAUUGGGAACUGGAAAUGAUUUAUCCCGUGUCUUAGGAUGGGGCAAGGAACACAACUCAAAUUUUGAUCCUAUGGAAAUUUUGCAGCAAAUACAGACAGCGCGAACUAUCAAACUUGAUAGGUGGAUGGUAUCAGUAAAACCAUACAGAGGACUAGGAUUUCGAACAUCUCGACAAAACAUUUUCAUGUACAAUUAUUUGAGUAUCGGCGUUGAUGCUCAAGUAGCUCUGAAUUUCCAUCGUACUAGAGAAAGUAGAUUCUAUUUCUUCAGUCAUAGAAUAUUCAAUAAGCUCUUGUAUUUAUGCUUUGGCACGCAACAAGUCAUGGAGAGAGAGUGCAAAGAUCUGGACCGAAGACUAGAAGUUUAUUUAGACGGAAAGCAAGUAGAGUUGCCUUCGAUAGAAAGCAUUGUCAUUUUAAACAUUCCUUCUUGGGGAGCUGGUGUUAAUCUGUGGGAUAUGGGUCUUCCAGACAAUGAAAAACUUGGCAUGCAGAGUAUCAACGAUGGAAAAUUAGAAGUAGUAGCCAUAUACUCUUCGUUUCAUAUUGCACAACUGCAAGUGGGCCUUUCACAACCACAUCGACUUGGACAAGCCAGUACAAUAAAGAUAAAACUGCUUGGCUCUUGUGCUGUACAAGUCGACGGAGAACCUUGGUAUCAGCAUCCUUGUGAAUUUACCUUGACAUACUGCAAUCAAGCCUCAAUGUUGAUGAAAAUCAAUAAUUGAUCUGAUUAGACACUUCUUAACCAAAGAUACAUUCCUAGUAUGAUGCAAACUAUCAAUUUGAAAGAAAGAACCUCCUAUGGUUUGCAGCGCCAGGUGUGGAUGAUCUGAUAGAUACAUAAUUAACAGAAACUCUAGUCGCCAUAUUUCAAACAUACUGUACAAAUCGUAUAUUAUAUAAUUUUUAUGUUUUGUUGACUUAACGAGUCGUUAAUAACUGAGCCCGCGGAUUCAAUAACGUCCUGAGCGCUCGAGAGACGGUAUCAGUAUUGUCCAACCGGACAAAAGCAGAUCGAAAAUUUUUUGGACAAUACAGAUACCGUCUCUCGAGCGCUCAGGACGUUAUUGAAUCCGCGGGCUCAAUUGAGUGGCUAAUAAGUAUUGUAUACUACAUACGUAUAACAGAAUUAAUAUUAUUUUUAUUUACAAAUGUGCACAUUAUGAACGCCCA